AUGGCCGAAGUACGCGAUAUUCCUGUUGCAGAGCUCAUGCAACUUAGUGAUGCGGAGCUCGUUGAAUUCAUGGCCCGUCACCGCAAACCUGAUGGCAGCAUCACCAUUCCCGUCAACGACGACGGCGUCGACGAGAGUCAAUUAAGCCUCUUCGUUGCACGAUUGAAAACUGCCAAAGCACAGAUGUCCAAGACAGAGCGCCCACUCGACCUCGGAUAUCUGGAUGCGCGUAUUCACGAUCUGCUUAAGACACAAUCACGCCAACGAGAUAACGAUGCCGAUACUGCUCACCUACCAGUCGCACAACCCCAAGCAACGACAAACGAAAUGAACGAAAUAGAAUACGAUAGCGUGACAGAAGUGCCAGAUUAUGACAUGUAUGAGGAGGCCGAGAAGGAAGCCCAUCGAGCCCUUAUUGCCGACGGCGGCCGACCAUUAUACCCGAUUCGUCUCCUGCGCGACGUCCUAGACAAUACAAACAAUCACUGGGCGGGUAUGCUUCGCCCGUUUUGGAAUCACCCCCGUCCUGUAGUGAGCCGCGAUGAAAUCUUCCGUCGACAGCAAACGCGGUGGCGGGAUUUUCGUGACUGGCAGCUAGACAAUCGGGGCAUCAAGGAAGCCGACGACGGCUACAACGCGUACGUGUCGCGGCUGAGGGAGUGGUACUUGAGGAUCCCCGACACAAAUCUUCUGGCUGAGCUGGAUGCAAACCUGGCCGCAGAUCCCCUCUACCUUGCGAGACCGUGGACGUGGUGGUGGCAGCAAAAGAAGAGGCGCGCAUGGAAACGGUGCUACCAACGAGAGCCCGGCUGUCGUGAGUUUAGCAGCUAUCGCAUCGCUGCCUACGCUCGCCUAGCGCGUCACGGUCAUUCCUAUAGCUAUGCUAUCGAUGAAGACGACAAUAACGAUUAUAACGAUAAUAAUGACGACUAUGACAACGACGAUAAUAAGAAUAACAAUGACCCGCGCCGCCGCCGGGAGUUUCAGCUCGACGAGGACCCGAAGCGACAGGACGCCCUAACAACAUGGCUCGAGUACCUCUGCUUCGAGUACUGGUGGCAGGACCACUACGACAAGUGUCUAGCGAUGCGCCAGACGGAGCACGACGCGGCGUGGGCGAAGCUACAAGAUUCUGGUGUGUUGCUGCCAGGCGAGACGGCCGAGUUUAUGCCCACUGACGCGUGCCGGACACAAGUUUACGACGACAUGCGCCGGACAAGGGCGGCUGUCUUGGCGGCUCAGGGGGAGUUGGAGAAGACUGCUAUCAAGGAGCGGUUGGCUAAGCGGAAGAUGACGCAACGACUAGAAGCUGCGAUGAAGGAAAAUGACCGGGCCGAGGCUCGGGCCCUGGCCAUGGAAAUUUUUCGCAAGGAGACGAAGGAAUACCGGGCCGCUCAGGAGGACGUCAAGAACCAACCCGUACUGGUGGAGUGGGUGGUGCAGCAGCUGGAGCUGGUUCGGGAGGAGGCGCGGGUGGCGAGAGAGGCGAAGAAGGGCGAUGGUGAGGGGGCAAUAGCAGCAGAAGUGGCAGCAACACAGCUACCACCAGCGGCGAGUACGCAACCAGAAUCCCAGUCGCGCAGGAAGAGGUCUCGCAAUGAAGUCGCCGACGACGGUGACGAGUGCCACCCGCACAAGCGCGAGAAUCACCUCGAUGGCAUCUAUGGCGGCACCAACAACAGCGCGCACAACCACAGCAGCCGCAGCCCCCACAGCGGCGACAAGGACAAGAGGCAGGAAAGGGAAAGAGGAAGCGGCGGUAGCUAA